AUGGUGCCACGGUGGAUACUGGCGCAGGUCAUAUGGCUCGUGAUUGCGCUGGCGUUUACGCUACGGCGCGACCCAUACGCCGUAGCGCUAAGCGCAUAUUCGCUCUCUAGAUCUAGGUUUGUAUCCUUUGUCACUGGACCUAUCAUAGACAGGGUAUGCACGUUCAUAUUGAGGCGCUCCGAGGCUCCCCGCUGUCUGCAGCAGCUAGAUGCCAGCCGUAAGAAGAAGAGCAAGAGCCAGGGGCGAAUCGGCAGAGGAGGCGAGGAUGGCGGAUCGGAUGACGAUGAGGAAUUUGUCGUGAGCGAAGCUGACCUGGAGGCUGUGUUCGCCGGUUUGCGUUCCAAGCUAAAGGAGAGCGAGCAGUUUCUGAGCAACAAGAUAAGUCGCCUCGCACUGCACCGCGCAACGCCGUCGCUGAUAGAGUCGCUGACGGUGGAGUUGCCGGGUGAGUCCAAGGAAAAGCAACUCCAGUACGUCGCGCAAAUAAUGUCGAAGGGCCCCUAUGAGCUGCACGUGGUUCCUUUGUCUCCAGGCCACCUGGACUCCAUUUUCGUUUGUCUUAGCACAAAGCUAGUGGACUACAAGGUGUCGAUGAUGCCCGACCGCGUGUCAGUGGUAGUUCCUUCGAUGACGGAGGCGAUGGUCCGACAAGCGCGUUCCGUCGUGAAGGAGACAUUGAACGAAGUGAAGACCCAGAUCCGCCUCACGAGGCAGGCCGUUAUAAAGAAGCUGAAACACAUGCACCAGGCUCUGAGCGACGACAUGUUCUUCCGGCAGCAAAAGGAGGUGGAUGCCGUCGUCAAGCAGUCCGAGAAGCGUGUCGACGACAUCGCAAACGACACUCUGCGGGGACUCGGUUGA